AUGUUAAUAUCACGCACCCAAAGAACAUUAUUAUUGCAACAAAAAAUUUUUCAUUUUAAUGUAAAGAAUUUUCGACGCACCUACUUUUUGCCGUCACACAAACGCGCACUUCUAACCACGAAUUUGAACAUAGUCGACCAUGUGAAUCACAAUAAUAGUUUUUCAAAAGCAACCUCGACGUUGACCCUGGAAGCCUCGCGGGCCCGGGCAUAUACCUCCCCUUCACACGGAGUCCCUUCUACUUCGCCCUCGGUAGUUUCGCCCGAAAUUACGAACAUAAGAUCACAAGCGUUGAACCUCGAUAACCCCUUAUUGAUUCUUCCACAACCUUGUCCGUUCAUCAAAGAAGACGGGCUAAUUAGUUCGACCGAUUUUUCGGAAAAGUUUGCUAUUCUACACGCGUGCCUAAAGUUAAGAGAAGUUGGACGUGCAAAGAAAAUAUUGGAAUACUUAUACGAAUAUAGUCCAAGGGAUAUGUAUCACCUUUUAGAUAUCAACGUGCAUAAUGCGUAUCUUGAAGCUCUUGUGGUAGUUCAUUAUGAAUCAGCUUUGAUAUGGUUGGAUACUUUGGACGAAUAUGGCUUGAAACCUGAUCUGACGACGUUUUCCAUUUUGAUACGGGGAUUUCUGAGAGUGAGCUCGGAAAUAAAUGGCCUGUCGUUGCUUAAGGCCUUGAAUUACGAGAUGGAGCAGAAUGGAUUCACCCUUGAUCAACUAGUGAAAAAUGAUUUAUUAUUAGAUGAGGAAAUAGUGCAAUUAAUAGAGCUGUUUAAUAAUGAAAAAGAUCCCGAUCACGAUUCUCGUCUUUUCUUGGAAAAACUAACAAGACUUCACAAAUCUGAACAAUCAAUUUCAAUUCACGCUCUGGCCGACGAGCACGUGUCCGCAGUGGAAGAACAUGUUUCUUCAUCAACUGAUACAGUUCCAGGGAUGUCAUCCGAACAAAGUCCCGCAAAAAUGGCAAUUGGGGUGAAGCUCAUGAAAUCCACACUAGAGGCCCUGAAAGAGACUCAACUAUCUGAAUAUGAACGUCAGAUAAGGCUCGAGGAAAAUGCGUUGCAUGCUGCGAUAGAACGCUGGAAAUAUGAACAUGAACAAUUGCGUAAAAUUGGAAAGCCGAAUCCCGGAGUCGCAGACAUGAAAAAAUGUAUAUGGGAUUGGCACGAGGCUCUGGUUCCCUUGAUCCAGGAUGAGUUGAAGAUGUGUAAGAACUUGAACGGUUAUGAACGCGCGCAAUAUGGUCCUUUCCUACAAAUGCUGAGCGCAGAAAAGUUGUCAGCCAUCACCAUUAUGGAAAUGAUACGUCAAAAUGGCGCCGGCGGUAUAAUAGACGGGAUGAAAAUCACUCGUGGUAUUAUGGCAAUUGGCAAAGCUGUAGAAAGCGAAUACAAUGUGGAACAACUAAAAAAAAAACAAAACCGUAAACUUAUUGGAAAAGAUUUAAGCAUUCAAGAACUUUUUUCUUCGGGAAAACUAUUUAACAUGACCAUUCGACGUGCUGCAGCAAAAAUUGAAGAAGGACAAUUAAAUACCACCUGGCAGCCAGAAUGGCCGCUAGUUGCCAGAGCCAAAAUCGGUAUUCAUCUAGAGGUACCUCACCCGUCACAGAUUGGUUCCAUUUUGGCUGGAAUGCUGAUUGACGUCGCCAAAAUCCAAGUUUCUACAGUCGACGCUAAUGGCAAGAAAAUAACCGAGAUGGUGCCUGCCUUCUUUCAUUCCUACGAAUAUACUCGGGGAAAAAAAAUUGGUGUGAUCAAGCUCAACCCUCAGCUGAUAAAAUGGCUUUCGGUGGAAUCUGUUGGGGAGCACUUGCAUCCCCGCAUGUUACCAAUGCUAAUUCACCCAAAGCCUUGGCUGACUUAUAACAGCGGAGGCUACAUGACGUCUCCAACUCUUGCCAUGAGGACAAAGGAAUGUCCUGAGCAAAUCGCAUACUUAAAGAAAGCAUCCGAAUUGCAUUAUUUAGAACGCGUGUUUGCAGGUUUGGAUGUUCUAGGCUCCACAUGUUGGGCUAUAAACAACAAAGUGUACGAUGUUGUUCUCGAAAUAUGGAACAGCGGUGAAGGUGCGGCUGACAUCCCUCCCGCUAAUCUGAAUCUUGAAAUGCCUGAAAAACCUCCGGAUUUUGAAACAAAUCUCAAAUCGAAAGCCCAAUGGGUGAAAGCCUGUAAAGACAUCACUCAAAAGGUCCGUAACAACUAUUCUAUGAGAUGUUCGGUGAACUAUAAAGUGGAUAUAGCCGGCGCUUACUUAAAUGAAUCUAUGUAUUUUCCCCAUAGCCUAGACUUCCGUGGUCGCGCUUACCCAAUACCGUCACAUCUAAACCAUUUGGGUGACGAUUUGUGUCGAGGGUUGUUAAUGUUUAGAGAUGCCAAGCCUCUUGGCAAAGUUGGUUUGAAAUGGCUCAAAAUUCAUAUGGCUAACCUUGCCGGAUUUGACAAAGCUUCGUUCGAAGAAAGAAUAAAGUACACAGAAGAACAUAUCGAUGACAUAAUGGAUUCAGCGGAUAAACCGUUGACAGGACGACGGUGGUGGCAAAAAUCUGAAGACCCGUGGCAGUGCCUCUCUGCUUGCUUUGAGAUCACUGAAGCCAUCCGAUCGGGAAAUCCAGAGAGUUACGAAUCUCGAAUUCCUGUACACCAAGAUGGCACAUGUAAUGGAUUGCAACAUUAUGCAGCUCUUGGAGGUGACUUGAUCGGGGCAACUCAGGUCAACUUGGCUCCGUCAGAAGCUCCAUCAGAUAUAUAUUCUGGAGUUGCUGAAAGGGUUCGGAAAUUAGUGGACGAAGACGCUGAAAAAGGUGACGAGAAUGCUAUUAUAUUGCAAGGAAAAAUAUCGCGCAAAGUUGUAAAACAGACAGUGAUGACAAAUGUAUAUGGAGUAACUUUUAUUGGAGCUAGAAUACAGAUUGAGGCGCGUCUUAAAGAGAUCAAAGAAAUACCAGCGGAUAAAACUCAUGAAUUAUCUAUAUACGUUACUGGCCUCGUAUUCAGCUGCUUGGGUGAGAUGUUUAAUGGUGCGCGAGCUAUACAAACUUGGUUGAAUGAUUGCGCCAAAUGGAUCUCAAAAAGCGUGCCGUCGGAACUCGUGCUGAAGUCACCAGAAGAAAUCAGCGAAGAAGAGAAAAGAAAUGGAACUUUGCCGAAAAAUUCUAAAAAAUCAAUUGUUAAAAUUCCACCAAGUCAACCUGAGCCGAACCAAAUGACGGCGGUGGUUUGGACGACUCCUCUAGACUUACCCAUUGUUCAGCCAUACCGCAAGAUGCAUAAGAAAAUGAUAAAAACUGACCUUCAAGUUAUAAGUUUUACAGAUAGCGGAUCUCCUAGUCCCGUCAAUAGAGUCAAACAGCGGGCGGCGUUCCCUCCAAAUUUUAUCCACUCGCUUGAUGCAACUCAUAUGCUUAUGAGUGCCCUUUCGUGCAAAGAAAAAGGUUUAACAUUUGCAUCUGUGCAUGACAGCUAUUGGACUCAUGCUUGCGAUGUUGAAGUGAUGAACGAAGUGAUACGUGAACAAUUCAUCAAACUUCACGAACAACCCAUUAUGGAAAAUCUUAGGAAUGAAUUCUUAGAACGAUACAAAGGAUACAAAGUGCCUGUUAAAGUUUUAAGAUCGGAAUUCGAGAAACUAAAAUUAGAAAAGGCUAAUAAGCUUGGGCUAGAAACGACGGACAAUGUUGAGGAGGCGCAGGUAGAAAUUACUGAUAACGGGUAUGAGGACAUACUCAGUUUAGACGAAUUAUCGAAAAUCUUACCCAAACCACCAAAGGACGAUCUUUCAAAGAACCCUUGUUCAAUAAAUGACAUAAUGAACGAUUUGGAUAAUGACGAAGUGAAUUAUUUAAUAGAUAAUAAUGUAGAUUUUGAAAAAAUACCUGAUCAAUAUCUUGCCGAUGAACAUGAGCGUGAAGAAGAAAGGAGGUUUAAAACAGGUACGAAACGUUCAAAAUAUGUUUAUGUCUGGGCGGAUCUGGAUUUUCCGGAACUACCUAAAAAAG